AUGUACCCUCUUGUGCCCCUCGCUCUGGAUACCUCGAACUUACCCCGGCAAGCGUCUCCUCCGCCGGCCCCCGUCUCUGCAAGUUUGGACAUCCCAAAAUCGGCCAGCUUCGGUCGGAAGUGCUCGUCCAGAAGGAUGUUUUGAGGUUUCACGUCGCAGUGGAGGACCCACUCCAGGCAUUCCUCGUGCAGGUACGCGAGGCCCAUCGCCGUCCCCACUGCGAUGGAGUACCUCUUCUCCCAGUCCAACACCUUGGUGGCAUCGGAGGAGAAGAGGAGCUUGUCAAGGGAUCUGUUCUCCAGGUACUCGUAGACCAGGAGGCGAUGCUUGCCCUCGGCGCAGAACCCCAACACUCUCACCAGGUUUAUGUGGUUGAUCCUCCCGAUGACGGCGACCUCCGCCCAGAACUCGGCCUCCCCUUGGGUGACCCCAUCGAGCCUCUUAACGGCAACCGCCGUCUUGCCGUCUUCCAACAGGCCUCUGUAGACCUGCCCGAAGCCUCCCCUGCCGAUUUCCUCGCUGAAAUUUGUCGUCGCUUUCUUCAACUCUGUAUAG